ACCUUUGGCGGGAGAUGCAAGUAUCCCGGAAGCGAGCUCGGAUUGUUUUCCUACCUUAGAAACAUCACCAGAAAAUAACGCACACAUCGGGUCAAAUCAUGGAUGACGACGUCCUGGUACGGAAACACGACUGGAAGAACACGAAGGAAGCCGUUAGGAACUUUCGACGGCUGCUACUUUGCUCCAAAUGCUCAAAUGUGAUGACGGAGCCUGUGUGUCUCGGGGUGUGCGAGCAUUUGCUGUGCAGGUCCUGUGCGGCCCCCCGGGCAGGAGACGGCUGUGUGGUGUGUCAGAGUCCCGCUUGGGUGAAGGACAUCCAGAUCAACAGGCAGCUCAGCAGCGUCAUACAGCUCUUCUGCGGUUUGGAGUUCCUGCUCAAUCCCGCGGAACAAGCAGAUUCCUCUCUAGCCCAAAACCAAACACCACCGCAGAGCCCUGUCCUUAAACAAAAAAAGAACUUCAAGAUCUGGUUCAGCCCUCGCAGCCGCAAGGUACGCUGCGUUGUGGAGAAACAAGACCCGGUACCGGAGAGCCCGCCUCCUCGAGAGACAACUGCGGCACAGCAGGACACCUCCACUGCUCAAUGUCAGGACCUGUCGGUUUUCAAUUUCACCUCGUCCUCCCAAGACUCUGGCUCAUCCGGUUCUCCGAGGUCAAGAAAUGGAAAGGGCCCAACAAAGAGAAACGCUGUCCAGGGGAAAGGGUCGGCGCGAGGGGCCACGCGGACCACUCGAAAAAAGACCAAGCAGAAGCAGAAGCAGAAGCAGCACAGGCUGGAGGCCAUAAACCAACAGUGGGGGAUCAGUGGGGAGGCAGACGCCAUAAAAGAAAAGGAGCAAAAGCCCUGUGCAAAAGAGCCUAGCAGGUCCAGUAAACGAGUUUCUUUCCUCAGCCCUGCCGUCACGCCCGACGAGCCUCAGCCCAAAGUACCACACGGGGUUCCGAAUGAACUCGCCCCCGGGAGCAGUCUCCUAGAAGGUGCCAUCACUGUACUGGGCGCCCAAACCCAGCCCGGUCAGAGAACGUCGGACAGCGUGGGCCGGCAUGACACCCGGCCUGAAACUACGAUCCCCGAGAGACAGGUGGACGUGUCUCCCUCGAAGCCGUCCUCGAAAAGAUCCAGGGUGGAGGAGAGGGUUGCCACGUUGGAGACCACACCGAAAAGGCCCCGGGCUUCCCCGGGAAGGAGGAGAAGAUCUCCAGCGUCUCCAGCUGCCCAUAACGCUCUUUCUUCAGAUGGCCGCAGGUGUGGUGACAGCCCCUCUCAUCCGGCCGCUGCCGGCGAACAAUCUCCAUGUACUCCAGUGGCAUCUGGUGGAAGACCCACCUCGGGGAGCCCUGCGUUUAUGAAGAGGAACCACAAGGGAGAGACCCCGCUGCAUCUGGCUGCUAUAAAGGGCGACGUAGAGGCUGUCAAUGCGCUGCUGGACCAGGGGGCUGACCCCAACCUGAAGGAUAAUGCCGGGUGGACACCUCUGCAUGAAGCAUGUAACCUGGGUCACCUGGUGGUAGUGGAGGUUCUGGUCUCAAGGGGAGCCCUGCUGAACACACCCGGCUACGAGAACGACUCUCCGCUCCACGACGCCGUGAGGAACGGACACCCGGCCAUCGUCAAACUGCUGCUGCGGCUCGGCGCCUCUCGACACGUCCUUAAUCAGCACGGAAAGCGGCCUGCCGAUUACGCAGGGAGUCCGGAGAUGCUGGAGAUUUUCCUGGAAGCCCCAGAAGAAUCCCAAAAUGCCAACACAUCUCCAAGCCCCUCCACCGGUCUCUCCAUGAGGAGCAACUGUGUGGGGAGGGAUGAACUGGUGGUGCUUCUGACCAGCAGGCUGUCCCAGCCGGAAAGGGCUCGAGUGGCCAAACUGGGAGAGCUUCUGGGGGGGAGGACGGCGGACACCUUUUCUGGCCUAGUGAGCCAUGUGGUGGUGCCAGUAGGACACCUCCCCACCACCAGCUCCACCCUGCUUGGUCUUCUCGCCGGCUGCUGGGUUCUCAAAUUCAGCUGGGUGGAAGCAUGUCUGCAGGCAGGCGAGUGGACGCCCGAAGCAGAGCACGAGGCGGGAGAAGGCGCGCAGCGGAGUCGCAUCAACAGACGUAGCUUGCUCCCGCCGCUCUUCGAUGGCUGCUUCUUCUUCCUCCUCGGCCCCUUCAAGGCGAUUUCCAAAGAGGAGCUCGCCAAGCUGCUGCGGGAAGGAGGAGGGCAGCUCCUGAGCCGGCAGCCCAAGCCCGACAGCGAUGUGACGCAGACCCUGAGCGCGGCUGCCUACCACGCGCUGCCGGGCACCGACCAGGCCCUGUGCACCCAGUACAUCAUCUAUGACCCGCAGGGCCCCCACAAGCCCGCAGUGGUGAGGAGAGGGAAGGUGUGGUCAGCUCCCUGCACCUGGCUCCUCAACUGCAUCGCGGCCUUCCGUCUCCUCCCCGUGACGGACAGUCAGACUCCGGUCUAAACCGGUCGUUCGUGUAUUCAUCGUCCUUGAGCGUGGUCAUCAUGUUUCUUUUUUUUUUUUUUUUAUAUAUAUAUAUAUACAUAGGGGAUUAAGUCAACACAUGUCACAUAAACAUUAAAACAAUUAUGUCUUUAUAAUUUUGAAAUUAAAGGACUAGUCCAAACGGUCUGUUGUCAACAUAUGCAGUACCAGUCCAAAGUGGGGAUGCAGUUCCUCAUUCAAAUCAAUCAAAGUGUGUCCAAACUUUCGACUGGUGCUGUACUCACGGCUUGUAACGUCAUGACAGUUAAAAACAAUGUCAUUAAGAUUGACAGGAAAAUCUAUACUCUGAACUCUCUGCUUUGAGAAACAUCAGAAUCUGAGAUUUUAUUCUGAUUUCAAUCCCAGACAAUACUAAAAAUGUCAAUAAAAAAUUAGCUUCAAAGUCAUGGAGCGAUCUUGGAAAUUGUGUGAAUGCGCAUCGUUUCCACUGCGUGAUCCUGGUUCAGUAGGGAUCCUUAACUGAACCCCCCCGCCCGAACCACCUUAAUGGACUCCAUUGAAGGCAAAAAGGCAGCGACGUCUCUCCGCCCUCCGAUAUCCAGCGUCCUCAAUGUGUUUCUAAGGGCGACCGACACUCAUUUCAGCCACUUCAUGCUUAUGCGAUUCUUUGAGUCAUUAAGCAAAGCUGUUGGCCGUAGGUCGAGGUUAGAAAGUGCUACUGGUAAAUGGUUCCCUCUUCACCAGCAAGCUCCCAGCUCGUGACUAAAACAUGAAUCCAAUUGUGCCUUCCCCAUCCCUUCUGCUUCUGCGGUGUUCGGAGUGGAAGUGCAUUCUAUAAUCUGCAGGGGUUUACCAAGAACAGAUAAUUACCUAA